AUGGAGCAUUGGUUCGACUUCAUGGUGAACGGCGGCGGCGCGGUGAACCUGCAGUUCCAGCGGGCGCCGUUCCGGCCGAUGACCCGCGCUGUGGCCGCCGCCUGGAACCAGCUGGUGGUGCUCGAACCCAUCACCAUGCUGCUGGACACGGAGCCGGCGCCGCACCUGCUCCGGCCGGUCAUCGUCAACACGUGGCAGCCCGACCUGGCCACCGACGCCGCCGAGACUGUGGCUGUGGUGACCGAGACUCAGGUACUGCAGGAGUCGAUCGAAAUUCCCGGCACUGGCCUCCGCCUCGUGUACAACUCGCAGGACGCCUCGGGCUACCACUCGACGCUGUUGCUCCGGCUGACCUCCGACCCGGUGCCUGAAACGCUGAUCUUGGUCCACCUCAAGGUCAUCGUCGAGGGCACGGUCUUCACGAAGACGUUUGAGUCCGACCCCAACAUUACCUACAGCUACUCCUGGAACAAGCGGAACGUCUACGAGCAAAAGCCGCACCUGCUCCGGCCGGUCAUCGUCAACACGUGGCAGCCCGACCUGGCCACCGACGCCGCCGAGACUGUGGCUUGGGUGACCGAGACUCAGGUACUGCAGGAGUCGAUCGAAAUUCCCGGCACUGGCCUCCGCCUCGUGUACAACUCGCAGGACGCCUCGGGCUACCACUCGACGCUGUUGCUCCGGCUGACCUCCGACCCGGUGCCUGAAACGCUGAUCUUGGUCCACCUCAAGGUCAUCGUCGAGGGCACGGUCUUCACGAAGACGUUUGAGUCCGACCCCAACAUUACCUACAGCUACUCCUGGAACAAGCGGAACGUCUACGAGCAAAAGGUGUACGGGAUGGUGCAGGCGCACGUGUCGGUGGGGUACCAGUACGUCGACUGCGCCGGCGUCAUCUGGGACAGCCGCAUGCUGCCCAUUCCCGGAUUCAGGAUGGACAUCUCUGACAUCGGCGGAUGGAAUCUGGACAUCCACCACAUGUACAACUUCCACGAAGGCAUUCUCCAGCGCGGCGACGGCACGUCGGUGCACUUUAAGCGGCACCCGCGCCUGGUGGAGACCUGCUCGGGCGCGGCCAACAGCUCGCGCCUGCUGACGCCCGUGGCGCUGGCCACCGGUGCCGACGGCUCCGUCUACGUGGGGGACUUCAACCUGAUCCGGCGCGUGACGCCCGCCGGCGGCGUGUUCACCGUGGCCGAGCUCAAGGCCACCCAGGUCAGCUACAACUACUACAUGGCCAUGUCGCCGGUGGAACAGCUGCUGUACAUUAGCGACCCUGAGGCCCACCAGGUGUUCCGCGUCAUCCAGAUGGACCAGGUCAGUGACCCGUCUAAGAACCUGGAGCGAGUGGCGGGCACGGGCGAGCGGUGCCUGCCAGGGGACGACGCGGCCUGCGGGGACGGCAAACUGGCGCUCGACGCCAAGCUGUCCCAUCCGAAAGGCCUUGCCAUAUCGGCCGACAUGGUGGUCUAUCUGGCGGACGGAACCAACAUUCGCGUCAUCGGCGCUGACGGCAUCAUAUCGACCCUGAUUGGCCACCACGGACACAAGGCCGUCUGGAGACCUAUCCCAUGCUCGGGCGCGCUGCCCCUGCCCGAGUGGCCGACGGCCGUGGCGCUCAGUCCGGUGGACGGCUCGCUGCACUUCCUAGAUGACCGGCUCGUGCUGCGCCUCACGCCCGACCGGAAGGUGGAGGUGCGCGCCGGCCGGCCGCCCGCCGCCUCGCCACUGGCCCCGCUCGGCACCCUGGUCGACCUCACGUUCGACGCGGACGGCGCGCUCUACCUGGCCGAGGUGGACGCGGGCAAGGUGCACUACAAGGACCAGUGCGCCUGCGAGCCGGCUGUCGGCCCGGGCGCCGCUGGCGAGCUCGCCACGCGCACGCACCUGGUGAGCGUGUCGGCGCUGGCGGCCGGGCCUGACGGAAGCCUGCACGUGGCCGAUCAGGGCACGCUCAAGAUCCUCCGGCUGCGACACAACCUGCCGCACGAGGGGCCCGAGUUCAAGGUGAUCGACCCUGUGCAGAACAAGGUGUACGGCUUCAACCGGUUCGGUCAGCACGUGGAGACCAAGGACCUGCUGACCGGCCGGUCGAUAUACCUGUUCCAGUACAGCAAGAACACCAGCUUCGGCCGGCUCAGCAAGAUCACUGAUUGGUCAGGCAACAGCGUACAGCUGGUCCGCGACUACAGCAGUGUCGUCAGCUCCAUCGAGAACUCGCAGGGUGAGCGCUGCACCCUACAUCACAUGACCCGGGACGGCCUGGUCACAAACUUCACCACGUCCGGCAACAAGUACCACUUCCAGUACGACCCUGAGACGGAGCUGCUGCGCUGUCGGAGCGACUCACGCGGCGACGUCUUCCUCUACGACUACGACAGCACGGGCCGCCUGCAGCAGGCGCUGACGUCCACCGGCGAGCGACUGAGGCUGAGCUCGCGGCUGGUGCCGCCGCGUUUCCUCCAGGUGACGGUCGCCAGGGACGACCAGGCGCCGUUCGUGCUCGACAUCGACAGUACGCAGGAGUCGACCUCGUUCACCUACGAGGACACGUCCACGGUGGUCCAGACGUUGGCCAAUAACACGAUCGUGCUCUCGGAGCCUCAUGAUACAGAUACAUAUGUGACUUUCACAAAAAUACAGCAGAUGUCGCUGCUGUAUUCGCCUCCUGUUCAGGUUCUGGACGCGGCCGUCUCGCAGCGCCGUGUGGUGAGAGCGGACCUGAACCACGAGCAGCUGGAGAACGAGCUGGCGCUGACCAUGGCGCCGCUGCAGGGCAACCAGAUGCACGGCUUCCUGGUGGCCAGGACCCUGCAGAGUAACGGCUCGGAGGUGGUGUCUCUCGACUACGACCCGGUGACGCUGCGGCAGACAGUGUACACGGCGGCGGCGCCUGGCGCGGCCGGCGCCCGUCAGGUCACGCUCAGCGUCAAGUACCGCGAGUCGGUGGAGCCCGACACCUGGUCGCCGGCCGGCCUGCCGCCCAUGGUGGUCAGCUACGACAGUAUCGGCCGCCUGGGGCGCUGGCGUUGGGGUGAGCUGACGCAGGAGUUCAGCUACAGCAGCAGCCGGAGCGGACUGGCGCGGCGCCAGGCGGGCGCCAGUAGCGACACCUUCACCUACGACCCCAACAACCAGCCUGCCACCUUCACGCUGCCGAGUCGGCGCCAGUACGAGUACCACUACGACAGCCGCGGUGGCCUGCAGUUCAUCAUCACGCCCAGUCGCUCUCGCCACUUUCUGCACGUGCAGCCGUCGCUGGGCUACGUCAAGUUCCAGUACGUGCCGCCGGGCGGCCAGCAGCACCCGUGGGUGCGGCGCGGCGAUGGCGAGACGCGCUUCACGUACGCGCCGAGCGGCGCGCUGGUCAGCGUGCGCCAUUCGGAGCGCUUCUUCGGCUACCGCUUCGAGCUGGCGCACCAGGGGCCGCUGCUGCGCGAGCGGCGCGAGCAGUUCGACCCGGAGACGGGACUCAGCUCGGCGGUGUUCCGCUACGAGUACGACGGCCGGCUGCGGCCGACCGGCGUCACGGGCCGCGUCGGCGGCCGCCGGCUGGCGCCGCUGGAGCUGCGCUACAGCGCGCGCACCGGCCAGCUGACGCAGCUCGGGCCAUUCAGCGUACAGCGCGUCGCCGACAACGAGACGGUGCUGGCGGCCGGCGGCGCCCGGCUGACGCGCGCCACGGACCGGUACGGCCGCGAGGCGAGCAUGGCACUGACCGUCGGCGGCCGGGAGGUGUACCGUGCGCGCCGCCAGUACGACAACGCCGGCCGGCUGGCGGCCGAGCGGGUCUGGCGGCCGGAGCUGGGCGGCCAGCCGCGCAAGCGUACUCUGCACUACGGCCCGGAUGGCGAGCUCACCGGCGACGACGCCGACGACUCGUGGCGCUUCGAGUACGACCGCAACGGCAACAUGGUGCAGCUGCGCUUCAAGCAGAGCAACAUCUCGCUGCAGGUGAACGAGCACGACCGGCUAGUGCAGCUGAGCGGCGGCCAGCUGCGCUACGACUCGUCCGGCGCCGUGGUCGAGAACUUCCGCGAGCACAAGUACCGGUAUGACGCGCGCGGACUGCUGGCCGCCGCCGUGCAGCCGACCGGCGGCCAGGUGCACUACUACUACGACCACGAGCGCCGCCUACUGGCGCGCAAGGACCAGCUGGGCAACAUCACGCAGUUCUUCUAUGGCGACCCACGCCACCCGCUGCAUGUCACGCACGUGUACCGGCCCCGCUCCGACCAGCUGACGGAGAUCCUGUACGACGACGAGGCGCGGCCGGUGAUGGUGCGUGCCGACGCGCGCCGGUACACGGUGGUCUCGGACACGUGCGGCACGCCGCUGCUGCUGUACGACGAGCGCGGCAGGCUGGCGCGCGAGGUGCGCAGCGCCGCCUUCGGCCACCAGGUGAGCAACUCGUGGCCCGAGCUGUACCUGCCGGUGGGCUUCUGCGGCGGCCUCUGGGACGCCGUCACCGAGCUGCUGCACAUGCCCGGAGGCCGCGUCUACGACCCGCUGGUCGGCCAGUGGCUGGCCCCCGACGUGGACGGCCUGCUCAGCAACCUGAUGAACCCGCGCAAGCUGCACCUGUACCGCUUCAACGGCAACGACCCGAUCAACGUGCGGCCGCGGGACGUGACGCCCACAGACGAGGCCGGCUGGCUGGAGCGGCUCGGGUACCGCAGCCAGCCGGGCCCACUCGGACCGGGGGUCAUCCUGGUGGUGAACCUCGACGGCCGCGUGCAGGUGCGCGGCCUGCCCAGCGUCGACCCCAUCGCCAGCGACGUGCUCACCACCGUCUUCAACCAGUCGUUCCUGGUGAACGUGACGACGGCGCCGCACCGCUUGGACGUGUUCCACUUCGUGAAGACGGCGCUGUGGAGCUUCGCCGACGACCACGAUCAGCUGACGCGGCUGGCGCAGUUCAACGUGACGGCGCACAAGCACAGCGGCGACGAGCCGGGCCGGCACACGGCCGACCUGCGCAUCCACACGGGCACGGCCAGCGUGCACCUGCUACGGCGCGGCUUUGCGUCGCGCCGCUGGUCGGACGCCGAGCGCGAGGCGAUCCUGGCGCGCGAGGGCGUGGCCGGCCUGGACUUCUGGUACCGGCACGAGCCGCACGAGUACCCCGAGCUGGCCGGCGACCCCUUCAACGUACGCUUCGGCCGCGCCGGCUAG